CAAAGGCUGCCUGGGAAACUAACAACACUGCUGUCCCACUGACAGGAGGGAGAGACGGCCCAGGAACCACUACUCUGUUCUUGGACCUGGUGUUAGGAUUUAUUUUUCACCAGAACUUUUCAUUUCGAGUCAUGGAUUUACUCCUGGAUUCUGGCUAAUUAUGACUACUUUCUUGCUCCCAGUUUCCUCAAAGUCAAUUCUAAUCUUCCAAACUCCCUUUUUUUGAAAAGCAAAAGGAAUAAUUUGCCAUGUCUGUGACUGCCCUGUUCAGGAGCAAGUGGGGGCACAAGUCACAGGAACCCCCAGAGAAGCAUCCACCAGUUGUGGUUAAACCCAGCCAUGGGGGCGACGAUGAUGAAGAUGUUACCAGAGUGCCUAUCCGCAGGAACUCCCGCUUCUAUCGGUCAAUGCGGAAGAAGAGGCCAGGCUCAUCUGAGCAGCCUGAAAUUUCUGCCAGUCUUGGUUUGGACGACAGUCCACCGAGCAGAGCUGGAGUCGCCUCCCCCUCUGCUCCCUUACCCAACAAAUCACCUUUGUUGCCUGCGGCUAGACGCCCUCAGUUUUUAUCACAGCUCCAUCAUUCCAGAACUGUGUUGCCAAGCAAUGGUGCGGCCAGUAGCAGACAUGCUCUGUACAACAGGGAUGCUGUUGAUAGAAGAAGAGAAGGAGUGGGAGGAGGGAGGAGCGUGGACAUAUCUGCAGCCUCCGACAGUCAGCAUCAAAAUUCUACAGCCGACAUGAUCACUUACCGAACUCACAGCUUUCAAAGCGGAGACGUACAAAAUCUGUCCAAGCAAACAACUGCAGAUUGCACUGUACAGGAGGUCAGAAGGGAAGCCAUGAGUGAUCAACAGCCCAGUCCUCUUGGAGCAGAUCUGGACAACAGCAACCUCAGAUUGCCGAGCAAUGGAGAUAGCUCCCAGACAAUCUGCCACAGCCUCAACAUCGUCAAAAACAUUGCCUUCCUGUACCAAGAAUACCGGGACACCUCCAAGCAGCAGGAGAUUGAGCAAAGGCGGCAGCGUGAGAACCUUUCUCCUGGUGUCUCACCAGGGACUGUGGUGGAAGGGUCCGGUGUCAUGUCCCCACCAGUAUUACAGCUGCAGCUAAGGAACAAUGCUCGGUCACUGAGCUUGUGGCAGAACCUGGAAGUUGUGCAGGCCAGCGGCCUGCUCAGUCAGUUACCACAGAGUGAAAUUAUAAUACAGGAGGCCAUGUUCGAGCUUGUUACCUCAGAAGCAUCGUACUACAAGAGUUUGGAGAUUUUAGAGGCUCACUUCCUACGUAACCCUGACUUAAUCAACUUGCUCAGCCAAUCCGAUGUGCAUUUUCUGUUCUCCAACAUCGAGGAAGUGAUGAAGGCCAGUGAAAGGUUCCUGAUGGAUCUUGAGCACCGAAUUGAGAAGUCUAUUUUGAUUUCUGAUGUGUGUGACAUUGUUUACCUACAUGCUGUGAACCACUUCGAUGUCUUCAUUAAAUACGUCAUCAACCAGGUCUACCAGGAGAAGAACUACAGGCGCAUUUUAGAGGGAAACCUGGCUUUUCGGGAGGCUAUGGCUUCACUGGAGAACGAUCCAACGGUCAGGGGCCUGUCCUUUACCUCAUUCCUCAUCCUUCCCUUCCAGAGGAUCACAAGGCUCAAGUUGCUCGUACAAAAUAUCCUGAAAAAAGCAGAGGAAAACUCAAAGAGGGAAGGGAAUGCUAUUAAAGCACAUCAGCAACUGGAACAGAUCGUGAAAGAGUGUAACGAAGGGGUGAGGAAAAUGAGUCGCACUGAAGAGCUUAUCAGCAUUGAGAAAACACUGGAUUUUAAAUCCAAGUCUGUGCCCAUCAUUUCUCACUCACGCUGGUUGCUGAAAAAGGGUGAAGUGCAGCAAAUGGCUGGACCUAAGAGUACUAGGACCAUGCGAAGUCGUAAGCUCUACCAACCAGUCUACUUGUUCCUCUUCAACAACCUGCUGUUGAUUACCAAGCGCAGCUCGAGUGGAGAGAAGUUCCAGGUUAUUGACUCAUGCACACGAGCCAUGCUGAGAACUGAAGAUCUUGAUGACCAGGGCCAAAUUCUGGCCAAUGUCUUUAAUCUGAAACUGCUGGAUAACCAAGAGGAGCGUCCAGUCAGCUACAUGCUCAAGACAUCCAGUAUGAGUGAUAAGCUGCGCUGGAUGUGUGCCCUCACUCCUAGCCGGCGCACACGCUUUAUGUCUACCAGUGCCCAUCAACAAGACUCUCCACAGGUGCAAUGUAUUAAGACAUACUCAUCUCAGGAGUCAGAUGAACUCUCCAUCGAGAUGGCCGAUGUGUUAAACCUCCUUGAAAGAACAGACGAUGGCUGGAUGAUGGGUGAAAGGCUCCAUGAUGGCGAAAGGGGCUGGUUCCCUAGUCGAUUAGUAGAAGAGAUCCUGAACAAGGAGGUCCGAUCUCAGAACCUGAGAGAGGCUUUCAGGAUCCAGCACGCCCAGGACGGUGAAGGAGUCUUGCAAACUGGAGCCAGGAUUGGGAGGCGUACUCCAAAGUUCUUCAACUUUUCCAAUCCUUGAAUUGAUCAAAUUUGGAGAGCAAUCAAGUGAGCAGUGAAACAGUAACAGUGAUGAAUGUCAACAUUCAGGAAACAUGCACCAAAAUAACUGAUCAGGAUACAUGUGACUUAAAUCCCAAAUAAUUAUACCUUUUUCUUUGAUUUUCACUUUGCAGUUGAUGGUUUUAGAAAUUCAAAUAAUCAAAGCACUUGAGUCAAUUAUUUCGUACAAGCGAUGCUGCAUGUCUCAUAUAAAUGCAUGCUGAAGGUAGUUUGUAGGACCACAAACAGUGGUGUGUAAUGCAUGGAGCAAAUCUCUCUGUUUGGUUGAGAGCUGUAUUUGGAGAUGGCAAGAACUCGAACAGUCUUGUACAGGGAUCCUUCAUGGGCAUGUUUUUUUAAAGUUAAAUGUGUUAAUUUGAUUGUAAAAUACCUUUCAACACUGAAUUAUACCACACAGCCACAAGACAAAAAUGGAAGUGUACGGCAACCUCGACACCUCAUUAUUAAACACAACUAAAUUAAAUAUAGAAACACGCUGCAAACAUCGAAAACACAACAAAUACAUGCAGUGCAUUUAGCUUUCAGGACCACUGUUCAAGUGUCUCAUGAAAUCCUAUUUUCUCCAAAUUAGCAAUGAUUACUGAAGUCUGUGUCUAUGAAUAUUCAAAUAAGGAAAUUAGCUAAAGUGAUUCUCCACCCAAAGUCUUGUUGAGUACAGCCAGAGUUGAUUGCUGGCUGUAAAAUGUUUCAUCUUAUCGUCACAGUAAUUACGACGGAGGAUUCCAACAGUCCCAGUUGCUAAAAAAGUGACAGGACAUCUGAACAAACAUCUGUGGUGUCAUCUUGAAAUGUGUACAGAGUCACGCAUACACAUAUUGCACUCCACAGAUACAUAUCUGCUUAGCUUGGUGUACAUCCAUAUCCAAACUGGUAUACAUACCACAAAAUGCAUGCUAUUUUCUAGAUACCUAAGUCGGACUAUAUAAAUAUAUAUAUAUAUAUAUGACUACAGGUUGGCAUGGCGGCUGAUCAGAACAGUCUACUCAAAUUAUUUUCUUUAAAAUGGAGUAAUGGAGUAAGCACUAUAAUGUGUUUAUGCUUCAAUUGCUCUUGGUCAGGAAUACUGAUAAUGAAUCUGGAUAGUACCUCUCAGUGUCACCUUUCAUUAGAUCAAAGUGUUUUUUAGCCUAGGUAUGUGAUCAUGGUUAGCGAGGGUCUUUUGGAAGGCUUUUAACCUUUAUGUUGCCUUCGGGUCAUUUUGACCCGAUUCCAUGUAAAAAAAAAAUGCUUAGACGUACCCUUAAAAAACAUGUGUAAAAUAUUCUUUUUCUGUGGUAUUAUCAUAUCAAAUUUGAACUUGGACUAGGUAAAGCCUUAUGCUGUGUUCCCAUUGUUGUCCAUUGUAUCCAGCUAAUAAGUCCCAGCUAUACUCAUCUGCAAGCAUCCUUUUGCAAAAGCAUAUUCAGGCGGGAAAUAUAAACCUUCGACUUCAGUGGGUUAUAACUUCUAUUACUCAAUUCUAGAAGCAUUUAGUGAUUCUGACUGUUGGGGACACACACUUAGGUGGUACCUUUCAAAUGAUACCCAAACCAUACAUGUACUCCAAAUGGUUCAAAAACAGCUUUCAAUUUUGGGUAAAGAAUGGCAUUUUAGACACAUUUUACAGAAGCGGCAAGUGGGUAAGAUGUCCUUGAAAUCAAACUCUGAUGUUCCUGUAAAAGUUAGUAUUAACUUUCAGUUGUUAUUUAGUUUUAGUUUUGACUUUCAGUCUAUUUGUAUUAUUCAGAGUGUGUUUGCUAGUUUAGUUUUAAUUGUUUAAAUGUUAUUAGUUUUGCUUGUCUUUAGCUACCACACUCAGAAGAUAUCGUUUUUCAGCUUGAUCGUAGUUAACAUUAGAAUUGAGCUGAAUAGCCUGAUUAAAUGGCAUUUGAUUUACUAACAUUUUUAAACCAUCUUCUUGUUAUCUAAUAACUUAAUUAGGAUUGGCCUGGAAAUGAAAAAAUAAGAGGGUAUAUUUGAAAAGAAAUUUUUUCAUCUCCUAAAAUGUCAAGUCUGUUUAAUUUCUGUCAUUCAUUGUCAUGUCAGACAGAACAUUACACAAAUCAUAACAAAAAUGAAUUAAUGUUCAUUUUAACCAGGCUAUAUAGUUUCAGUUAAGUUUUUUUUCUUUCUUUCGAGAUAUUUUAAGUUCAGGGAACAUUUUUUCAAAUGAUAAUUUUAUUUGUAUGUAUUUAUUUUUAGUCUUGAGUCGUUAACAUUAAGAACCCUGAUGGUCUCUCCGCGGUGUCAUGAUUAUUUAAAUUUGUUCUUACUUUACAGGUGCUAAAUUCGAUAUUCAGAGCAUUAAACAACUAUUUGUAAUGUUUACCUGAGCCGAGUAUGAAGUCACUCUCCCUCUGUGUGCGUAAUCCCAGUUUUUCUUUGCCUGUCUGCAUUGCUUUCAUGGGGCAGUUACAGCUGAUCACAUCCUCCAAACCAACAGCAUCAAUGCAGAAGCGCGCACUCUGUAAUUCAUCUCUGUAGUCAACAUUAUUUGCACUGUUGACGCUGUUAGCUGCAAUCUUCCUGCUCAAACAAUAGAUAUGCUCUGAAUUUCUAAUGAAGAACCGUUAAAAAAAAGAAUCUCUCUCCGCCAUCUAUGUCAUCUUGUUAGAACAUGACUGUCACAUAAUGAAAGCAACACUCGUGAGUAGACGAGUAUUAAUUAAUUAAUCUCUGCAAAUUCAAAAAAACAAUGUACACAGAUAAUUAAAUAACUCAUAAUAUUUAUAGUCCUACAUUAUGUACAUAUAUUAUACAGAUGUCAGAAAGUGUGAUUGUAGUUUUAGUGACAUGUACUUGGAAAUAUAUAAUAUACUACAAGUGCAGCUACUGGUGAGUUUACAAUUUAAAUUCCUGUGCAAUACACAUGGACCCUCAGCUAUAAUAACGCAAUUAGCACACUGUCAUAUACAGUCCAAUACAAUUUUAGACCUACCAUGAGCCCAAACUGACCAGUCUUUAUUCAACGAACAAAUUCCGAGCCUCCAGUGUUCGAGUGAAAAUAUGAACUUUGUGUGGAUUACCUCUUUAAAAGUGUCAAUACAGCAUGAGUACACACACAAACAAGGGAUAAAUACUAUAACGGUAAAUAACUGAAAUUUGUCGUAACUGUAUAGAAUGUAUCAGCACAGAUCAGCAUGAUUGUAAAGCCUUGUUUGUACAGUGAUGCAAAUAUUUGAUGUUCAAGCAAAUAAUUACGAAAUAUUUGUUUGCAUUUUGUAAGAUGUAAAUUAUUGUUCAUAAAAAAGCAUUAAUCAGA